ACCACGCGGGGGGGGGGUCCUCAUUUUCAAAACAAACAAAAUGGCGUCGCACAUGAGAUGGGGAAUUCGCCACUUGUUACGGGCAAGAAACACGGCUCACUUUAGGUUUCAAGAGAAGACCAGAAGCUCAUACCACUCUCAGUGCUCGACCCAGAGCCUCUCAAAACCUCUCCCUCGGCCCGGGGCAGGAACCACGCACUUCUCAAUAAGACUCCUGUCAAUCCAGACUCAGGACACUCCAAACCCAAGAAGCUUGAAGUUUCUUCCUGGAAAAGAUGUUCUAGGAAGUGGGACGCUUGACUUUCCCUCUCCAAGCUCUGCCGAGUGUUCAUCAUUAGCCAGGGACCUGUUUGAGAUCGAAGGAGUGAAAAGUGUGUUCUUUGGUCCUGACUUUAUCACAGUCACUAAAACAGACGAGGACGUUGAAUGGACGGACAUUAAGCGCCACGCUCUGGGUGCCAUUGCUAAGUUCUUUGAGAGUGGUGAUCCGAUAACAACGGGGGCAGUGCACAAUGAAAGCAGCCAUUCUGAAGAUGAUGAUGAUAUUGUUUCCAUGAUUAAGGAGCUUCUGGACACCAGAAUCAGACCUACAGUGCAGGAGGAUGGAGGCGAUGUCAUCUUUAAGGGGUUUGAGGAUGGUACAGUCAAGCUGAAGCUGGUUGGUUCCUGCACAGGGUGUCCCAGCUCUACUGUCACUUUGAAGAACGGUAUUCAGAACAUGAUGCAGUUUUAUAUUCCAGAAGUGGACAAUGUGGAGCAGGUGGAAGACGAAGUGGACGAAAUCAACGCAAAGGUUUUCACGGAGCUGGAGCGCAAAUUACAAGAUUAAAAAUGCAGUCAUGGAUUGCAUAAAAUGAAAAUGAUGCUCCACUGUGUAAACAAACACAACCAUAUAUUACCAUCACUAGUUCCCUCUCUAUCAUAAGAAAGAAGAGAGACAUUAUUAUCUGCUUUUUGUGUGCACACCAUAAACUGUUAACACUUCCAGCUGUAAUUUGUAUGUGAAUACUGUAUUACCAUGUCACCAAGAGCGGGUGAUACAGGAAAUUCCUGGAUCCUGAAAAAAAAGUUAUUCUUCUUGUCUGUCUAAAUUUUCUGCUCUGAUGCUUGUAAAUGUUUUGAUGUAUUUAUUUCUUAUAAAUAUUGUAUAUUUUGAAAUAAUAUUUUCAUAGAAGAUAUUGUGAAAGUCUUUGACAGUUGUCAUGGUCAUGCAGAAUGAUGAUCUGAUAGUAUUCCAGUUGUUGCUGCCAGAAAAUAGAAGAUAACCUUUUUUUUUUUUCUUGUGCAUCACCUUCAAUAUAACACAGUGUUUAACCUACACUUUUUCACAAGGCUGAAGUAGGUUAACCAUCUCAUGUCCUUACGAUCUGAAUGCUAUAUGUAUCUGCUUUGUGCUCUGCCUGAAAUGUACUGUAUCAAAUCAAAGUUCAAAGUUUGAAAGCAACUCUGUCGUGUGCUCACUAAUUUAUGACUACACUGCCCUACAAAGGCAAAAGGCAGUAACUUCAAUUAUUUCAUUUUUGGAACAUUACAGAUGUGCUUUAUUGUGUGGACAGAUAUCUUGAGUCAAUUGUGUUGUUGUUUUUUUAGAAAAUAGUAGGUUGUAUUUUCCUUAACUUCCAAAAGCCCUCGAGAAACCAAGGCAGAGUCCAGUAACAUCACUCAUCAGGGUCUUUGCCUUUGCAUUCCAAAAUGCUCAAACUGAGUUAAGGUCUUCUGCCUUUGUUUUGCUGCGGAUCAAAGUGAAGUUACUGUUUUACUGCAGAGGAUUAAUGUGUUAUGCCUUUGUUUUAAUAUCUGUCAUCAAGCACUUCUGACACACACAACAGCUUGACUAAAGUGUAGCAAAAAAAGUGUGUGGUUGUGUUAUUUUACAUGCAACCAAGUGAAAUACAGUAUCAAAUGGAAGUUAAUGCCUUUUGCCUUGGCAUGACCAGUUAUUAUUGUACAGGCAACGCAAAGGCAGAGUACCUUAACUUCCAAUAAUGGCCAAAGAUCAAGGCUAAAGAUUUUUAUGAACAUUAAUAAUCUCAAAGAAUUGCCUACAUUUCCAAUAUUCUGCCUGCAACUCAUUUGGCUGGACAACAAAAAGACUUUUAAAGUCAUUUUUCUCAGUUCUACACUCUGGAGAGUUAAGGUCUUUUGCCUUUGUAGGGCAGUACACACUUUAGUCCUCUGCUGGAAUAAAAAGCAAAUUAAAUGGCAUUUCAAACAG